AUGUCUCUUAAUAUUCUAGUUCUGGGUAAUGGUGGUAGAGAAGAUGCUUUAGUUUGGAAACUAAGUCAGUCAUCUACUGUGAAUAAGAUUUAUGUUGCUCCAGGCAAUGGUGGUACUUCUUCAAACAAGAAGGCUACAAAUGUCAAUUUGGGCAUUAAUGUCACUGAUUUCGAUGCAUUGAAACAGUUCGCUGUUGAUAACGAUAUUGGGUUGGUUGUGCCAGGUCCAGAACAACCGUUGGUUGAUGGUGUUACGGACGUAUUUAAAAGUAUUGGUGUUCCUGUUUUCGGUCCUUCUGCAAAAGCUGCCGCUUUUGAGGGUUCAAAAGUGUUUUCCAAAGAUUUUAUGGCAAAACAUGACAUUCCAACUGCAAGAUAUGCAAAUUUCUCAGAUUAUGAAACUGCAAAGAAAUUCUUGAGUGAGGUUGACUAUAAAGUGGUCAUUAAAGCAGACGGCAUUGCAGCAGGGAAAGGUGUAUUGAUUCCAAAUGACAUGCAAGAGGCUCACGAGGCCUUAAGAACUAUAAUGAUCGAAAGACAAUUCGGUGAUGCAGGUAAUUCUGUUGUGAUUGAAGAAUUUUUAGAAGGUGAUGAAAUCUCAAUUUUAACGAUUUCUGAUGGUUAUUCGUUCUUUAAUUUCCCGCCGGCACAAGAUCAUAAGAGAAUCGGUGAAAAUGACACAGGAUUGAACACAGGAGGAAUGGGUGCUUAUGCACCAGCACCAAUCGCUACAAAGACUCUAUUAGACGAAAUUGACAAAAAAAUUAUAAAACCAAGUAUCGAUGGUAUGAGAAAGGAUAGAUUGCCAUUUGUAGGUAUUCUGUUCACUGGUUUGAUCAUCACAGAAUCUGGCCCAAAGGUAUUAGAAUAUAAUGUUAGAUUCGGUGAUCCAGAGACUCAGACAGUUCUGCCACUCUUAUCUGACGCCACAGAUUUGGCACAAGUACUUUUAGCUGCUGCUGAAAAUAGAUUAGACUCUGUUGAAAUCGGCAUAAAAGAAAAUACCUUUGCCACCACAGUGGUUCUGGCAGCAGGUGGAUACCCUGAAGCAUACAAUAAAGGUGAUAAAAUAACAAUCAAAAACUCAGAACUUCCUAAAGAUGAUACUUACAUAUUUCAAGCAGGAACUACUGUAAAUAAUGGCGUUUUGCAAACUUCAGGGGGGAGAGUAAUCGUUGGUACAGCAACUGCCUCUACCUUAGAGCAAGCAGUAAAGAAUGCUUAUCAAGUCGUUGACCGUAUAGAUUUUAAAAACAAAUAUUUUAGAAAAGAUAUAGCACAUCGUGCUUUCAAACACAUCCAAAAUACAAAGCAAUCAAUUACUUAUGCGGAUGCAGGUGUUUCAGUUGAUAAUGGUAACUUAUUCGUUGAUAAAAUUAAGGCUAAGGUCAAAUCAACCCAGAGACCAGGGGCAGACUCCGAUAUUGGAGGAUUUGGUGGUUUAUUCGAUUUGAAGAAAGCAGGAUAUGACACUGAAGAUACACUGUUAGUUGCUGCUACCGAUGGUGUUGGAACAAAGUUAAUAAUCGCACAAGAGACAAACAUUCACAACACUGUAGGUAUCGAUUUAGUUGCCAUGAAUGUAAACGAUUUAGUUGUUCAAGGUGCUGAACCAUUAAUGUUUUUAGAUUAUUUUGCUACAGGCUCGUUAGAUAUUAAAAUUGCUUCUGACUUUGUUAGUGGUGUCGCUGAUGGGUGUAUCCAAAGUGGAUGUGCUUUAGUUGGAGGUGAAACUUCUGAAAUGCCAGGUAUGUACCCAGCUGGUCAUUACGAUACAAACGGUACAGCAGUUGGUGCUGUCAACAAAAAUGAUAUCUUACCUAAAAUACAAGAAAUGAAUGAAGGUGAUAUUUUAUUGGGGUUGAAAUCAGAUGGUGUUCACUCAAAUGGGUUCUCGUUGGUAAGAAGAAUUAUUGCUCACAUUGGCCUACCUUGGGAUUCUGAAUGUCCAUGGGAUUCUAGUAAAACUUUAGGGGAAGCUAUAUUGGUUCCAACUAGAAUAUAUGUAAAACAAUUACUGCCAUCGAUUAGAGAAAAGUUAUUGCUAGGGUUAGCACAUAUAACUGGUGGUGGUCUAGUUGAAAAUAUUCCAAGAGCCAUUCCAUCCCAUUUGCAGGCCCACGUAGAUAUGAGCAAUUGGGAUGUUCCAGAAGUGUUUAAAUGGUUUGGAAAAGCAGGGAAUGUUCCUUUGGAAGAUAUUCUAAAAACUUUUAAUAUGGGUAUUGGUAUGGUAUUAAUAGUUAAGAAGGAAAACAAACCAAGAGUUGUUGAAUUGUUAACUAAAGCAAAUGAAACAGUGUACGAAAUUGGUUAUUUAACCAAAAGAGAAGAGAAUGCGCAUGGAUGUAUAGUUACUAAUGCUUUUGAUCUAUACUAG